UCGGUGACACCCGUCGCGCACCGCGACAUGAGACGUGUAGCAUUCGCAUUUCCAAGCUGCCUGCUGCUGACCUGUGAGGCUGCAUGGAUCACUGGACAAGCCGGUGAGUCAUGCACCGCAGCCUGCAAUCGCACCGGCGACAGCUGUGAUGCGGCCCCCAUGCAAGCAGUGAUGGCAGCGUGCACGGAUAGCAGCACCGUGUGGAGAUUGCUCAACUCAGUCUGGAGUAGUACAGGAGACGCCAAGACCUGCACAGCGAAUUUCAUGCAGCUGGUCGAGGGCUCCGCUCCGGUCUUUGACUCUGAGUGCAUCGUGAGUUCCAAUGGGCAGACGUCAUGUGAUGCGGAACUCAACGCCACCUUCCAGCGGCUGUGCUGCUGCGCAACGGGCUGCACCUAUGACGCUGGGUACUGUGCGGAAGGCUACACGCCCAACUCGGGUAACACUGGCAGCAGCGGGAGUACUGUCAAUGAAGAGGAAAUGCAAACCUGGGCGAUGAUUGCAGGCUUUUGCAUUGGCCUUUGCUGUGUCCUCGGCCUGGGUGGUGGGCUCUACCUAGGAAGGCACAUGAUGUACACCCGCGUUCGGAACAAGGCCCUGAACCGCCUGGACCGCGCCGCGCGAGAGCAUCAGAAGCGCAGCGAGGGCGAUGCAGAAGCCUCCGAGGGCUCAGAAGAAAUGGACAUCGCUGCCUCCGCCACCGUGGCUGCGGAGAUUGGGCCCAGCGCGUCGGGACCUUCCACGCAUGUUUAGCGCGGACCCGACUCAAGGUGCCGAAGUGGUGCCGAAGUGAGGCACAGCUGAGCAGCCAUAAUUCGCCAGCGGCGGAACCAUAAGCUGCGCAGCUUGCCAUGUCCCCAAGGGUUUAGCUG